AUGUCGGGUGUUGCGGGCUGGAUGGAGCGACUUUACCCUGCGUCUCAAAGCAGCCCGGGCAUCCAUCCACACCUCCACCGGAAUUGUCAGCAUCGCACCACACCGCACCUCGUCUCAACAUCACAAUCACCGCAAAUGGCACUCACCCUCCCGCCCCCGACCAGCAUCUUCUGCGCCGCCCGCCUCCCCGCCCUCCAGAAGGCCGUCUCCCUCCUCCUUGCCGCCGGCGAAGUCUCACCCCCACCACCACCAACAGACUUCACCACCCUCGCCCCCCUCUCCACCCUCCCCGUUACCAUCACGCUCCACACCCCCUCAACCUCAACCACAACAACCACCCCCACAACACUAACGGUCCACCGCCUCCUCGCCUCCCAAAGCUCGAGCCUGAUCCUCCUCGCCUCCCUCCCACCCCCCCACCCCCCAACCCUCCUCAUCGCAAAACUGCGCCCCACAACCACCGCCGCCGCUACCGCCGCCCACGCCCACGAGCUCUCCAUGCUGCACCUCCUCACCGACCACGCCCUCUUCCCCACGCUCAUGGCCCACGGCACAGCGGGCACACAGGCCGUGCCGCUGCUCCUGAUGCAGUAUCUCCCGCACCCGAGUCUCGCGGAGCUGCUGUGGGACGGGGGGAGCGCGCUGUGGGCGGGCGAGUGGCGGGUGGGGGAUAAGCGGGCGCUGCAGCGGGACGGGGUGCUGUGGGGUGGCUUGGUGGCGGUGGUGGAGGUGCUGAAGGCGAGGGGGCUGAGGCAGGGCGAUUUGCGGGGGGCGAACGUGUUGUAUGAUGUUGGGGGUGGGAGGGUGUGGGGGGUGGACUUGGAGGGGGUUGUGAGCGUGGAGGGGAAGGGGGUGGAUGUGCAGGGGGUUGUGGAGGAGUUUUGGAGGUUUGAGCUGUGUGCGCCGGGGGGGAGGGUUUGGUAG